CUUUUUUUUCUUUUGACAGAUCCAUGAAAGUGGUAUGCAUAUUAAAACAAUUAAUAUUUUGGAGUAACCCCAGGGAAGUAUUGAGCCAUAUUACAGAGAGAUGGUAUUUUACCUUAUUGGACUUGGCCUUGGGGAUGCCAGAGACAUCUCUGUCAAAGGUCUAGAUGUUGUAAAAAGGGCAAAAUGUGUGUACCUGGAAGCCUACACAUCCAUACUUGGUGUUGAUGUAUUGGAACUGGAGCAGUUUUAUGGACGGAAAGUGUUAAUGGCUGACCGAGAGUGUGUAGAAUCAGGAUCAGAGGAACUGAUGGAAGGAGCAGAAGAGGAUGACAUUGCCCUUUUGGUUGUAGGAGAUCCCUUUGGGGCUACCACUCAUACAGAUCUUGUCCUCAGGCUCAAACAAAAAGGAAUACCAUGCCAAGUGAUUCACAAUGCCUCCAUCAUGAAUGCUGUUGGUUGCUGUGGCCUACAAUUGUACAGCUUUGGAGAAACAGUGUCAAUACCUUUCUGGACAGAGAGUUGGACCCCUGAGAGCUUCUUUGACAAAAUUAUGGAGAACAAGUCCAGAGGUCUUCAUACACUCUGCCUAUUGGACAUCAAGGUCAAAGAGCAGUCCAUUGAAAAUCUUAUGAAAGGGAAGAAAGUGUAUGAGCCACCCAGAUAUAUGACCUGUGCUCAGGCAGCAACACAACUCCUGGCAAUUGUGGAGAAGAGGACAAAAUCAGGAGACAAGGGGUUAACAUCAGAAGACUUGUGUGUGGGACUUGCCCGAGUUGGUCAUCCAGACCAGCGAAUUCUUGCCUGCUCAUUAUCAACUAUGGUGAAUGAAGAACUUGGUGCUCCUUUACACUCAUUGGUGAUCCCAGGAACCAUGCAUCCCAUAGAAAAGGAAUUUCUUUCUACUUUUUCUCAUGAUGAUUCUCUUGCUUUAUUUCAAAUAAACCUGGGAUAUUUCAGUCAAUCCACAUCCAGAAAAAAAGUAUCCAAUCUUGAAUCAGUUCUUCUCCACAUACUUUUACUAGUCCAUGGUUUCAAACAAAAGGUCGUUGCACUGGGGCGUAUUCUUGCUGAGAAGGAGAUUCAGAGACUGAAGGAAGAGAAUGAGGCUUUGAAACAGCAAGUGAAGGCGAUGAAAGGGAAAGUAGGAUCUGAACUAGGUAUUGGGCCUUUACCUGCUGCUGUGUUGAAAACAUCAACAGAUGAAAACACCAAAACACCCCCAGCUAAGCAGCAGGUAGAUACACCCCAGAGUACCAAAACUCCUACUGCCCCAAAGGCUACAACAGGGGAGCGAUCUGGUGGGGAUGAGAAAAAGAAGAAAAAAGAGAAGAAACAAGAGAUUGAUAAAUCAGAGAAACCUCAGGAAGCAANAAGGAACGCUCGACCUCGACAC